AUGGAAACGGGUGACCUACUUUUCGAAUCUUUAAAAGACAUGAAACGUCGAGAAAAAUCAAAUGAUUCCUCAAGAAUACUUCCCAUGCUACUACUCAAAAACAACUUGCUUGGAAUUCUCUAUAACGAUAACCUGGAUAAAACCUGUGUUUCGGACUUAAAUGCUCUGUUUUCUGAUGCUUCUAGUUUCAAACACUGGGCAUUACAAAUGUUGGAUGCUACUGGGAAAAUCUAUCCAGGGCUUCUAAAUGGCAACAUAAAUCUAAUUGGUGAUUACGAAGAAUGUUUAGCUAUAAAUGAAUCUAAAAAUGGUAGAAGAAUCAGUGGAAAAUACUGUACUCUAGCUCUUACAAUGGGGAAUUCAGGUAUUAGUCCUCUAGCAACAUCUUUGAAACAAGGACCUCUUACAACCAUGACGUGGGGAAUUUGUGUGCCAAAAUCUUGUUCAGUCAGGAACUUAAAAAUCCUUGCCCACGAUGUACAAGCAAAAUUUAAGCUCCCUGUGGAAAUAGGACUAAAAGAAAAUUCUUGUUCCUACAAAAAUAAAACCUCAACAAUAAAUAACUUCGAUAUUUUAGUUUAUUAUUUCUUCGCGAUGUUAGGGCUCAUACUUGUGGCAAGUACCAUUUACGAUCUUCACUUCAAAUGUUUCAGUAGGAAUACUCGUGGUGGUAACACUGUCCUUAAAAUUAAAAUUGUAGGUAAAAAAUCAAACAUUUUCGUUGCAUUCUCACUGUAUAGCAAUGCAAAAAGACUCGUAUCAGCAACUUCUAACAAAAAAGAGGAUAAUUUAAGUUGUCUUAAUGGAAUCAAGGUGUUAAGUUGUUUAUGGAUCGUGUAUGGUCAUGUAGUUCUUGCGUGUUUCUUUUAUUCAAAAAAUCCUGCUUAUGUUGUCAAUGAGUGGAAAUAUUCCACAAAGAGCACUUUUACAUGGAGUGCUUUUUACGCGGUAGAUAUUUUUCUCACCAUCAAUGGUUUUCUUGUCACUUAUAUUUACCUCAAAACUACGGAUCGGUUAAAAAUUACUGUGAUUUGGUUCUAUUUGAAUAGAUAUUUGAGGGUAACACCUGCCCUCGUAGCUGCCGUCUUGAUACACAUCAGUGUGGUGAAACUUCUAACAGAUGGAUCCUUUAUAUCGUACAACGAUGGAAAGUUUUCACAAGAUUGUUACAAUAACUGGUGGACUUUUUUCAUUCACCCUAUGGUUUUUACAAACUAUGAUCAAAUAAUGAUUUUCGUUUCCAAAUUUUGAAAACUGUAUAUAUUUUACAGUGUGGUCCACAUUUGUGGUAUAUGUUUAUCGAGGGCCAUCUAUAUAUAUGUACUCCCGUAUUCUUAAUCUUCAUGAAGCAAUACCUCAAAAACGUAUUAAGAGGUCUAAGUGUCACCUUACUGCUUGCUGUCAUCUAUAACAUUUCAGUAACAAUAACCAAAAAUAUUGGAUUUACAGCUUUCAAAUGGAGUGACGAUUUUGAAAAUUAUUUAUAUUUUUCUACAACAUAUCGCUUACCGUGUUGGUUGAUUGGAGUGCUCUCUGUAUACUUUUUGUAUGAAUACAAAUUUAAGAUUCCCAGAAUUGUAAAUCUUGUUAUUUGGGUAAUCGCACUGUACACAAUGAUAGAACUCACUGUAGAACAGAACAUUUUCAUUACCAGUGUAUAUAACGUUUACCGUUCUGCUUUAUGGAAUGGUUUGGCAAGACCCACGUGGUCUUUAGCUGUUAGUUUCAUUGUUUUUAGUUGUGCUACUGGAAAUGGAGGGAUUAUAAAUGAUUUUCUAUCUCAUCCUGUGUUCAGAUUUCUAUGCGAGCUUAUCUACUUGUUGCAUUAUGAUGUUAUUCUGAAUGUGUUUGGUAGUAGUAAAGAAAUGUCCUAUUUUAAUACCGACAAUAUUGUCUCCAAGUUUCUGUGGGUUUUUGUCGAAAUUUUAAUGGUUUCGGUAUUUCUCUAUCUUGCUUUUGAAGCACCAGUGUUAUCACUCAAACACCACCUGACUAAGAAUAAAACCAGCGAAAAACAAGAUUGUGAGAAAAAUUUGGAAACAGCUGGUUAAACACAUACGAUUUGGGUUUCUAUUUAUAUUUGAUUUGAUACUUAAGGAUGAAACAUGUUUUUUGUAUUUAUUAAUCAAAUCAUUUUUAGAAAUGAUUAUACAUUGCUUAAAUUAAAUGUUCAGGGGUCAUUUAAACAACGAAAUGAA